AUGGCUACCCCGAUGACCAUGCCCGUCUACCACUACUUCGACCUUGGUCGCCUAGGCCGCGGAGAAGUAGUCAAGCUAUUCCUCAUGGACGCGGGGAUCGAGAUCAAAGAGACUCGCUAUCCAUACGACGAGACCUGGGCCGAGAACAGCAAGAAGCUCCAGCAGCAGGGAAUCAUCAGGACCCGCAAACUGCCGGCACUGGAGUACCAGGGCAUGAUUCUCACCCAGCACAUUCCCAUCCUGCGGUUCUUUGCCCGGGCACUGGGUCACUAUGAUGGGCAAACCAAUGCGGAGAAAUUCGUGGUCGAUGCGGUAUCGGACAUCUAUAUCGACUGGAGAGUCAGUGUUUUUUACCCAUCCGCGCUCCUUAUUCCUUCCUAG